AUCCCCUUCUACCUGCAGUACCUGGCGCACUGGCCCGAGUACUUCGUCGUCGCCGAGGCGCCCGGCGGGGAGCUGAUGGGUUACAUAAUGGGGAAGGCGGAAGGCUCUGUGGCCAGGGAGGAGUGGCACGGACACGUUACUGCGCUCUCCGUCGCACCGGAAUUUCGACGGCUGGGCUUGGCUGCUAAACUGAUGGAACUAUUGGAAGAAAUUUCAGAAAAGAAGGGGGGAUUUUUCGUCGACCUCUUCGUGAGAGUAUCCAAUCAGGUUGCAGUGAAUAUGUACAAGCAGCUCGGCUACAGCGUGUACCGUACGGUGCUGGAGUACUACUCCGCCAGCAACGGGGAGCCAGACGAGGAUGCUUAUGAUAUGAGAAAAGCUCUUUCUAGAGAUACAGAGAAAAAGUCAAUUAUACCUCUGCCUCAUCCUGUGAGACCAGAAGACAUUGAGUAGCUGUAAGCUGUGAUUUGCAGGCAAAACUUCUA